AUUGCCACUUAUCCGCAAUGGCAGUUUUAGUGAAAAUAUGUUGCUGCGGAUGCAGUCUACGAAUCGGUGGUUUACUUAUUGGAAUCUUCGGCUUGUGCAAUGUGUCAUUGCUAAUAUCCGUUGGCACGAAAAACAUUUAUUUGGCUGUGGUCUGGCUGGUGUGGAACAUUCUUGAUUUUGCAUGCUCUGUUGUAGUGACAAGUUUCCUGUUGUCCGUCUCCGACGUGUUUAUAUAUGCAGAUAUUUUGAUAAUCCUGUGGUGGUUGCUUACGAUCUAUUUCAUGAUUGUGGUUCAUUCGUACAUAGAGGCCCUCCGUGAAGAUCCAUCAGGGGCAAGCGCCGGUUUUCCUAGAGCACACGUUUACCAGUUUGAAAUGGUUGGUUUACGAUAUGCUCGCCCAUGCGCACUACCACCAAACACAGCUGUGACGUCACAUAUUGGUGAAGGAUACCCUCCCGCAUGCGCAGUACCGGACAAGAAUACCAUGACGCCACAGGCUGGCUAUGUUUAUCCUCCUCCAUAUCCAGCUGUGACGUCAUAUACUGACGUAGGAUACCCUCCUCAUCAUCCAAUGGCUGGUAAGAUUACCCUGUCGUCAUACGACGACACUGGAUAUCUUCCUUCACAUACAGCACAUGGCAGAACUACCAUGACGUCACAAGAUGGCUCAGGGCAUCCUUCUACUUACACAGCUCCUGGCACGACCGCUGUGAUGUCUCAGAAUGGGAAUUCUUCUCAACACACAGUACCUGCCAAGGCUAUGGUGACGUACGUAGGCUCUGAGUGAUGUCAUGAUAAGCUGUGAAUGACGCAAGAGCUCACCGGUCAUUGACAAGCCUGAAAAACGACUGGGCAUGAUAAACAUUCUAAACCAGUUAAUUUAUGUAAAUGUAAAAGUGGCCCCAGAAUAAUUCUAAGUAAUUUCUUAAGUUUGCAGUAUUUUUUUUUUCACGUUAUCAUUCCCUGGUAUGGUUAUAAAUCAUAUUUCAAGAUUUUUGCAUGUAACACAUUAUAAGAUAAUGUUAACCUUUGCGCCGAUUGGCGCGCUAAUAGGUAGUUAUUAGGCAGUAUUCACCAGCAAGCGAAACUAAAUGGCCUUGGUGUACAAGUUUGGCUUAAAAAGCGUUUUUUUUUUCCGAAAUGAAGCCUUUUUGCAUCCUUAAGUUAAUAGGAGGUAUUUCGGGACACUUUGAACGUUGAUUUAUCAUAAUAGGUCUAGAAUUCCAGUUGAUCAAGAUCACUGUAAAUUUUAAAAAAAGCAUAAAUCUAAGUAAAUAUGCUAUUGAUAUAC